AUACAGUACUGGUCACAGAUAAGCAGAACGAGAAGAGUUAGCGAUGGCGCAAUCAGACCCACUGUGUUCCUUUCGUUGGUAGGAGAAAACAAAAUCAUAGGUCCUGACGUGGAGACCUGUGCGUUUUCACUGUUUUUAGGCCUCUCUCGUUUCCCCUGUCAUGCUGAUCUUUGAACUUUUUGCUGCCAUCUGCCUUCAAUCUGGAGGGCUCGAUUCCUAGCUAAACUGCAAUGGCUCGGCUUUUGCAGAUCUGCCUUUUCUUCGCUGCGCAGGCAUCGGUAGGAGCCGAGGUGUUUGUGGACAAAGCGAGGGCAAGCCAGGUCUUCAGCAGGAGCCGCCGGGCGAACACUCCCUUCGAAGAGUUUCGGCAGGGCAACAUCGAGAGAGAAUGUCACGAAGAGCGCUGCAGCUACGAGGAGGCGAGGGAAGUGUUUGAAAACACCGAAAGAACGGAUGAAUUUUGGAACGUGUAUUUUGACGGCGAUGCCUGUACAUCUCAGCCCUGCCUCAAUCGUGGGAAAUGUAAGGAUGGCAUUGGAGCUUACAGCUGUCUCUGUGAAACUACCUUUCAAGGGAAGAACUGUGAAAUCGAGAUUCCAAAGCUUUGUGAAAACAACAACGGGGGCUGCCAACACUUCUGCAAAGUGGUAGAUGACAAAGUCACGUGUUCCUGUGCCACGGGCUAUUACCUUGAUGAAGACAGGAAGAAGUGCUUGUCUGACAAAGAGUUCCCUUGUGGCGUUCUGAAGACUUCACUGACCAGGACAUCCUUAGUAGAUACCGACUUUGGCAAUGAUACAGAGAUUCUGAACAGCACGAUCACACCUGAUACUGAAGAACCCAUGAUAUUAAGCAGUGCCAACUCAGAUGCGAGGAUAGUCAAUGGAAACGAAUGUCUUCCUGGACACUGUCCCUGGCAGGCUCUUUUAAUAAACGAGGAAGGAGUAGGAUUUUGUGGUGGGACCAUUCUGACUGAACAUAUUAUAUUAUCAGCCGCACAUUGCAUGAGAGAGUCUAAGUCAUUUACAGUAAGGCUUGGGGACUAUGACACAGAAAAGACUGAUGACAGUGAGGAAACAUAUCCCGUGGAGAAAGUGAUCAUUCACAAUAAGUACGUCACGGACACCUACGACAACGAUAUAGCCAUCAUCAAGCUGAAGGAGCCCAUCAAAUUCACCAAGUUCAUCAUUCCGGCCUGCCUUCCGGAGAAAGAUUUCGCCGAGAAGGUCCUGAUGAAGCAGAACGACGCCCAGAUCAGUGGCUUCGGGCGCACUCACGAGAGAGGCAGGCAGUCCACCAUCCUCCAGAAGCUCACUGUGCCCUACGUGGACAGGCUCAUGUGCAUCGAGUCCAGUCAGGCCCAGAUCUCCGCUAACAUGUUCUGCGCUGGCUAUGACAAGGUAGCCAAGGAUGCCUGCCAGGGGGACAGUGGCGGUCCCCAUGUCACACAGUACAAAGACACGUGGUUCAUCACUGGGAUAGUGAGCUGGGGGGAGGGCUGUGCCAGGGAAGGCAAAUAUGGGGUCUACACGCAGGUGUCCAAGUUCCUUCCAUGGAUCAAAGCAGUUAUUAAGUACUUCAGUAAAGCAUGACCUUUCCUUUGCUUCUGAUUUGUUCACAAUUUUACACCGGGCAAACAGAAUGACUAAUACUACUAAUUUCAGUAUCUGAUGAAUUGAGUAAUGUGUGAAUUUUAAGCGUGGCUCUGUAUCUCAGUCUUUUUCCAUGGCAGUGGAAUAACCCUGAAAAGAAAUUAAAUGAAGACGCUGUUUACAGAAAGCAU